CGGAGGCCUUCACAACAACUCACCACCACCAUCAGUCUUACCUGCCAGGGAGGACAGGCCGCCCUCUGCGCCUCCGCUUUCCACCCGGUUUCUCUCCUUCUGUCUAGUUUUAUUGGUUUCUUCGACUUCAGGACACCAUGGCAAAGGGCUUUCUGAACGCCCUCAAGGGCGUCGACGCCUUCGGAAAGACGAUGGAGGACGUCAAGGUCAAGACACGUACCGGGGCGCUCUUGACCAUUAUCGCUGCGGCGAUCAUCCUCUCCUUUACCACCAUUGAGUUCUUCGACUACCGCCGCGUCUUCGUCGACACAUCCAUCGUCGUCGACCGGAGCAGAGGAGAGAAGUUGACGGUUAACAUGAACAUCACAUUCCCUCGUGUACCAUGCUACCUGCUCAGUCUGGAUGUCAUGGACAUCUCCGGCGAGACCCAGUCCGACAUCACCCACAACAUCCUCAAGACCCGUCUGGACGAGAAGGGCAAACCCGUCUCGCACUCCCUCAUUGCCGAGCUCCAGAACGAUCUCGACAAGCUCAACGAGCAGCGCCAAAGCGGCUACUGUGGAUCCUGCUACGGAGGCAUUGAGCCCGAGGGCGGCUGCUGCAACACGUGUGAGGAGGUGCGGCAGGCGUACGUGAACAGGGGAUGGAGCUUCAACCGGCCAGACUCAAUCGAGCAGUGCGUCAAGGAAGGGUGGUCCGACAAGUUGAAGGAGCAGGCGCACGAGGGCUGCAACAUCGCCGGGCGCGUGCGCGUGAACAAGGUCGUCGGUAACAUCCACCUCUCCCCCGGCCGCUCGUUCCGCACGAGCGCGCACAACCUGUACGAGCUCGUACCGUACCUCCGCACGGACGGCAACCGGCACGACUUUACGCACCAGAUCCACCACUUUGCGUUCGAAGGCGACGACGAGUACGACCCGCGCAAUGCGAAGCUGGGCAAGGAGCUCAAGAACCGCCUGGGCAUCGAUGCGAACCCCCUUGACGGCACCCAGGGCAGGACAAUCAAGCAGCAAUAUAUGUUCCAAUACUUCCUGAAGGUCGUCUCGACCCAGUUCCAGACGAUUGACGGGAAGAAGGUCGGCACCCACCAAUACAGCGCCACGCACUUUGAGCGCGACCUCGACAAGGGCCCCUCGGAAGACAGCCCCGCCGGUCUGCACGUCGCGCACGGUAACGGCGGUAUCCCGGGCGCGUUCUUCAACUAUGAGAUCUCGCCGCUCCUGAUCCGCCACGUCGAGACGCGGCAGUCAUUUGCGCACUUCCUGACGUCGACUUGCGCGAUUGUUGGUGGAGUGCUUACCGUAGCAUCGCUGAUUGACAGCUUGCUGUUUGCGACACGCAAGGCAUUCAAGAAAAGUGGGGUGACGUCCCCGGUAAAUGGUGGCUACACAAAUGGCAAGCUCAUGUAGUGUCUUCAUGUAUCUGAUGUCCGUGUCACAUCCCCUGGGUCUUGUACAUCUACAUUGCAUACAUGGAACCGCACUUAUC